UGAAAUUUUGUUCUGAGGAUAAAGCUGGAAGUGCUACGAUCGCGAUCUAAUGGUUCUGCAGAUCAUGUGCCGAGCUUUAAAUCUCCGGCAGACUAGGGUCUAUCUCCAAGCCUCAGAGCUACUGUCUGGAGAGAGUCAGGAUCUUCUCGAAAAUUCUGAUCAAUUUAUUUAUUUCGCAGUCUGUGGAUCAUGAUCGCAAACAUUCGCUCUGACAUUGUGUAUGUGGAGGAAAAUUCAAAUAGAAACGCGAUCUAAAAAACCGGAGGUCAGAAAUGAUCGUGAGGCCAGGUUCAGGCGAUCUGUGUCGUGUCAGGCGCCGGGAAGCGAAUUUUCGGAUUAGAUCAUCAUAUGAGCAGUGCUCGGAAAAAUCCACCGAGCGCUAGCCCGAUGUGCCUACUUGAUCUUUGGAAAGCGACAUUUUCUUUUGAAGCUGAAUUUAAACAUUUCUGUUGCAUAUCACUUUUCUUUCAGGGAAACGAAAAGUAAAAGCAGACUUGCAUUAGUCAUCAACAACAUCCUCUUCCAAAAUGGGUCGCGUGCGCACGAGAACUGUUAAGCGGUCUGCCCGCGUGAUCGUCGAGAAGUAUUUCCUUUUGAUUUAUUGUUGAUGAUGAUUAAGAUUAGCUGACGAGGGUUUAUUCCCGCCCCUGUGUGGUUGUGGCUUAGCUCAUCCACAAUCGACGAAUUAUAGAACGACCGGCAAACCGACAUACGCCAGCACCAAAAGUUUAGAUAAGCUGCGAAAUGAACUUGAUCGUCGAUAGAGUGAUAUUUUAUUGUGGUCGAAGACUCGGACGCAGCUGCUCAACCCGAUUACUUAAAUUCGAAACAGGUACUACGCCAAGCUGACUCUGGAUUUCCAGAUGAACAAGAAGAUUGCUGAGGAGGUCGCCAUUAUUCCGUCCAAGCGCAUGCGCAACAAGAUUGCGGGUUUCGCCACGCACUUGAUGAAGCGUAUUACUUUCAUCUUUUUUUUUAGUGUGCGCCAGUUGUAGACUGUCGGACGCGCAGUCGUGCACCUAUUGCCCAGACCUCAUCUCAAUGCUCGAGGUCGUUGCUCCCCUCGGACCUUAUGCGGGCGAAGUGCACUACGCGGAGUUUUAUAUCUGUCGUGUAGGAAUGAUUUUGAUUUCAAUAUUCUCGAGUCCUUCCACUAUAUGUCGUGUCGACGUGACGUACAUUCGCAUUCUGUAGAAGGACAUUACGGCAUCGAACAGGAGUAGAGUCUAAAAUCGCUCGACGUCGCUCAACAAUUUACAUGACACACAUACCCACACAAACAGGCAUCCAGAAGGGUCCAGUUCGUGGCAUCUCUCUGAAGUUGCAGGAGGAGGAGCGGGAGCGUCGCAUGGACUUCGUUCCGGAGAAGUCUGAGGUUGACGUGGACCGCAUCGUUGUGGAUCCGGAUACCAAGGACAUGCUGAAAUCCCUGAAUAUGGAGCAUCUGACGAACAUCCAGACCACCCAGAACGCCUACGUGUCUGGCGCCGUCCGCCGUAUGUGAGACCUUAUUUGCGGUGGAGUCACGAGUUGAUGCUUAGCAUCGUGCGCAGUAGUGGAUGAACAUAAACACACUGAAGGAGAAACUGUCGCAAUAUUAAAUCCUCGAUGUUGUUGAUGGCAAGUGAACUGCAUCUCAUGCUUGACUGAGAACAAUUUCGCAAGUCGUUUCUGAUGUGCUGGGCGCGCGGGUCUGCGCCUCGGCAGGUAGAUGCUGCGCAAGACAGACUUCUGGUAGCGAUGCACUUCCGUGUUUAGCUUUGGUCAUUUUCGGGCGUGUGGAGGAAAAGCCUAGAGCGGAG